UCAGAGUCUAGCAUUCAAAACUUGUUGACUUGUUUUUCUUACCUGUGUCCCGAGACAAACCAUCUGCUGUUGUUUGUUUGUUUAAAUUUUUUAUAGCAAAGUUGAUAUCGUGAAUCCGAAAUGAUGGGCAAAAGUGUUGGAGGAUCAGAAGUGAUUGUUUCGACGCAUAAUAUCGAAACGAAUAAUGGAGCAGGUGUUGGUCAGGCGGUCCUCGUCCGCAACGCAACUAAAUCUUACGGAGCUGGAAGCAACCACUCCGCCGUGCUUAAAGGAUUGGACAUGACAGUUAAUAGGGGAAGCAUAUAUGGAUUGCUCGGGUCGAGCGGUUGUGGCAAGACCACCCUGUUAAGUUGUCUGGUUGGUCGUCGAAGCCUAAACAGCGGAGAGGUACUGAUCCUUGGCCACGAGCCGGGCACUCCGGAGAGCGGCGUACCUGGUCCGCGAGUUGGUUACAUGCCACAAGAGUUGGCCUUGUACAGCGACUUCACCAUCAAGGAGACUCUCCAGUAUUUUGGUCGUAUCUACAAUUUGCGGGCCGCCUUUGUCAACUCACAGUUAGAGUUUCUGACCAAAUUGUUGGACCUGCCUCCGAGCGAUCGUUACGUCAAGACGCUGAGCGGUGGCCAGCAGCGGCGCGUCUCCUUCGCCGUUGCCUUGUUCCACGAGCCCGAAUUGCUCAUCUUGGAUGAACCAACAGUUGGCGUUGAUCCUCUACUCCGACGCAGUAUUUGGGAUCACCUUAUUCGUCAGAGUGUCGACCAUGGGAGGACUGUCAUAGUAACUACACACUACAUUGAAGAAGCCAGACAGGCUAAUACGAUCGGAAUGAUGCGCUCCGGCCGUCUGUUGGCGGAAGAUUCUCCCGACAAACUGUUAGCGCACUACAACUUGUCUUCCUUGGAAGACGUUUUUCUCAAGCUUUGCAUCAAUCAAGGUGUUAAUAAAGGAGUCGAACAACUCGAGAUCAUGGCAAACGUCAGCCUUUCGAAUGAGACGCAUCAAAUUGUACCUCGCACUCAGCAGCAGCAGGCUGGAGAUCAUGACAAUUUGGCUUUUGACUACAGCGUCAACGAAGUCGAUCUGCCUGAAAAUGAUGUUCAACGUCGAAAUCGCAUAAACUCUAAUGAAUCCCCCGUAACUCCGGUCGACCUUUCCCCAAACGCUCGUGGGGCCAACAACAUGAUGAAUUGCAUCAGUGAAACGAGCAACACCCGGAAGCCUACCGGAACUGCCAGUGUUGUGAAACGAAAACGCCAAGGUCAUCCUUUGAAAAUUCCGUCUCUUCAUCGCCUUGGUGCGCUCAUUCGAAAAAAUUACUUGAUAUCCUUUCGGAACAUUGGGAUAUUUGUGUUCAUCUACUUGUUGCCCGCCUUCCAAGCGACGGUCUUUAAUGUUACGCUCGGACACGAACCUAAGGGCCUGAAAAUGGCCAUCGUCAAUGAAGAGCUGGAUCCAACCCAGGGCCGCGUCUGCAACUACACGACGGACUGCGCGUAUUCGAUGCUCAGCUGCCGCUACUUACGAUACAUUAAGGACAACAUAGUUCAAGUCCCUUAUCAAAGUUUGCCGGAUGCAAUGGAAGCGGGAAGAAAUGGCCAAGUCUGGGGCGUGAUCCACUUCGGACAUAAUUUCACGGAAGAAUUUGAGAUUCGCCAGACUGAAGGAGAUUCGACAAAUGUCGACAACAUUAUCCGCAGUCGAAUUAGCGUCAACGUUGAUUCCUCCAACCAUCAAAUUGAUAUUUUCAUCGAGAAAUGGCUUUUGGAGGCCUUCAGGGACUUCUUUAGAGAUUUUAUGAAAUCUUGCCAGCAUGAGCCAGAGGCUGGUUACAUCCCUGUCGUGUUCCUUGAUCCUGUAUACGGAAAGAAAGAUACUCCAUUCACAGAAUUUAUGGCUCCCGGCCUUAUUAUUUCGAUUGUGUAUUUUAUGGCUGUUUCGUUAACCGCCGGAGUCUUCGUUGCCGAACGGAAGCAAGGUCUUCUAGACCGAAGUUUAGUGGCUGGUGUAACGAUGACCGAAAUAUUUAUCGGUCAUUCGUUCAACAUGUUUACCAUAAUCAUUGGCCAAACUGCCCUGGUUUUCGUGUGCAUGUUGUUGAUCUUCAAUAUUCCUUGCCAAGGCAAUCUGGCCCUGGCUGUCUUUAUUACUUUUCUUCAAGGAUUUGUCGGCAUGUGCUUUGGUUUACUAAUAACCACUAUAUGCGACAACGAAGCCACAGCUCUCAAUCUUUCACAAGCCAGUUUUAUUCCGCUUUUAGUUAUGGGAGGGAUUUGCUGGCCCAUCGAAGGGAUGCCUUUUUAUCUCCGCAAUAUUGCCUACUCCAUGCCGGUGACGUAUGCCAUCGAAUCUUUAAGAUCGAUUUUCGCUCGCGGCUGGGGUAUUGAACGACCUGAUGUCUACGCUGGAAUUUUAAUAAGCAUUGCUUGGAUUAUUUCCUUGUUGGUUCUUUGUCUAGUUAUCAUACGCAGUCGUAAGUAUACCAGUUAAGAAGAAAAUGUAUUCCUCUCUUCAGUGAAUAUUGUUAACCUACGCGCAAUUUGUCUUAUGAAUUAUUUUUGGUGAUUGUGGUUAGUUGAUCCACUUGAAGUUGAUCUUUCACGUAUGGGUAUUUGUAUAUUUUAUGGUGCGGUUCAACUAUACAAUUUAUCGUGCAAUUUCGAACGCAAUAA